AUGUUCAAAUUCGCCGUUGUCAUCUUCGCUGUCAUUGCCUGUGCUGCCGCUAAGCCCGGUUUGGUUACACCCUUGGCUUAUACCGCACCCGCAGCUGUUGUUGCUGCUGCCCCAGCUCCCUUUGUGACUGCCACCAGUAGCCAAUAUGUUGCCCGUAACUACAAUGGUAUUGCCACCGCACCAGUCGUUGCUCCCGUUGCUGCCCCUGUUGUUGCCAAGACUUUCGCCGCUCCAGUAGCUGCUGCUUACACCACCCCUGUAGCUACUGCUUACUCUACCCCUGUUGUUGCCAAAUACGCUGCCACCUAUGCUGCUCCUUUCGCUUACUCCGCACCCUUGACCUAUGCUGCUGCCCCAGCUCCAGUUUUGUUCUAA